AUGGCUGCCUCCUCCAUGCUCAGCUGCGCCGCCCAGCCCGCUUCUUUGACGUCCCUACGCGCUGGCAGAUCUUCGAGCUUCAUGGGCGACCAAGUCCGCACGGCGCCUGUGGCGCUUAGGCGCUCCCAGAACGUCGCCGCUUCCUUCAAGCCCCGCGUACUGGUGGCAGCUGCCGGCGGCUACCAGAGUGGACCAAGGACUGCCAAGGACCAGGGGGCGGGCAUAGUCCCAAAAGCGGUGGCAACAUCAGUCCUUUACUUUGCGGCGCCGCCCGCGGCCAAGGUUGCGCCACUCAGCGCGGCCGCCGAAGUGCCCACGUCCUCGAUGCCCUCCCGGUAUUACAUGCAGCUGGCCCAGGCGCUGGGGGUUGAUCCGUCUGGCUUUCAGGCGCUGAAGACCCCCGUUAGCCUCGGCACGACGAGCAAGGAGCUGUGGGAUCAGAUGGACCGCAUUCCGAACAAAGUCAUGUUUGGCAGCUUGGGAGGGAAGGUCAACUUCCAUCAGGCGUACAAGAACAUUGUCGCCCCGCUCAACCCUGGCGAUGACGGCAGCGCGUUCGAAGCCGCCAUGGGCGACCAGCUGGACGAGUGGUACACGUACAAGAAGACCGCCAAGGGCAAAAUUACGCCUGCCGUCUUCAACGCGUGGGCGGACAAGAACUUCAACGGCGAUGCUACCGAGGUCGAGGAAGCCUUCCUGAGCAUGACCGACGACCCAAUCAAGGCGGCCCUGGAUGUGGUGCACAACCCCAAGAACUUCGCCACGCUCUAUGAGACCGAUAUCAAGGCACUGAAGAGCAUGCUCAAUGGCGGGUCUGCUAUCAACUUUACCUUCGACAACCAGGGGGCAGCCAUCGACCUCUCGUCCGCUUAUGCCCACACCGAGUCUGAUGACAGAUUCUUGUGGUGGGGCAGCGACACCAGCACCACCGCGACCAGCCUCAGCUCCAAGAUCGCCAACGCAAAGGUUACGGUCACGGUUUCCUACGGAAAGGUGGUGUCCGUGCCGGUCUCUGCCAAGACCACCUGGUUCGAUUCGUCAGUCAUGGCGACGGCCCUGAACGGUGACUCGACAAUCUGGAAGGACCCCACCAGCCAGACCAACUUCUUCGGCAACGGAGCCGACCAGGAGGGCCAGGUGCCACGUGUCAUCAACUCCAUCUACGUGGUUCGGGGGCCCUUCAAGAUCACCACGACCAUGGAGGCCGACUGGUCCGACGACGAAAGGAGCUACUUCCAACAGAACAUCUCGGGGGGCUUCUGGCCCUUCUACUCCAGCAGCUCCAAAACCAUUCAGAACACCGUGGACACGUGCAGCAAGACGCAGAUCACGGCGACCUCCUUCAACUCGGACAGCGGGACUUACAAGGUCCUCGGGGCGCAGAUUUCGGACAUCAGGUCUGCCUUCUCUUAG